AGAGGAAGUAAGUAGAACUGUCACUGUCAAAACAAAAAAUAUGUCAACUCAAAUCUCAUUUGAAGUGCAAUAUUUGGCGAUGGUCGAAAAAUGUCUUUUUGACGUGAUUUGCCGAUAAAUUAUUAGAAAUUAAUAUUUUUUUUAAACAUGGGGGGUUCUCAGAGUUCUCGGAAAAUAAGUGUUGAUAAUGAAAACGCUAUACAAGUGUCUCAAGAAGCAUUGGAUCGGAUACAGGCUCAGCUGAACGCGAAACAGGCAGAACAACCACAGCAGCCUCCAUCUCCCCAGUACAACCCUCCACCUUUCUACGAGUCCCAGAAACGGCAACAGGAAAAUGCAGCUGAAGAAGUCUACUGGGCCAGGCGUAUUGAGAACUUGAAAAGAGCACAUGAGAAAAUCAAUGCUGGGAUGCUUAUAGAAUAUCAAAAGACGUUGAAAGAAGCCAAUGAAUUGUUUGAAAUGGCUCAAAAAGACAAAAUUGCUAGCAAACUGCCACCAUGUCAGGCCGAGAAAGCUAAGGUUCUGGAGUGCUACAGUACAAACCCCGAUAAAUCCCUGGUGUGUUCAGUGCUAGUGAAUGAGUUCAAUGACUGUGUAUGCAAGAGCCGAAUCGCAGCUGUGUCCGCGUCGUCCUGAGUCUGUCUGCUGUCAUGUAAAUACCUAUGGGAUAAUGUUGCUAUGCUGGUACCGCUACACAACCUGGGAAGUAGUUUUAAUAUUAUUGCUGUAUGAAUAAACUGUUAAUUUCA